GUGGUGCACCGCGGCGCCAAGAUGGCGGCGCCCAGCGAGGGCCGGCCGGGUCGCGGCGCUUCGCCGUUCCCAGGCACCGAGAGCGGUUCCUUCGCUUUUCCCUUCGCCGUCCCGCACGGCGCCGCGGGCUCAGGGGCGGAGGAGCCGUCCAAGAAGCCGUGCCGAGCCUGCACAGAUUUCAAGAGCUGGCUCCGCGAGCAGAGGAAGCGGGCGGCCCCGGGCGGCGGGGACACCACGGUCACGGAGGAGAAAGAGCCACCGCCGGACUGUCCCCUCGACAGCGAGCAGCUUGGCCGAAACACCUGGGCAUUCCUGCACACCAUGGCGGCGUACUACCCCGACCACCCCACCGGUGCCCAGCAGAAGGAGAUGAGGGAGUUCAUCAACCUCUUCUCCAAGUUUUACCCCUGCGAGCACUGUGCUGAGGAUCUGAGGGAAAGAUUACGUACAAAUCAGCCUGAUACUAGCAACAGAAAUAACUUCUCCCAGUGGUUGUGUCUUCUUCAUAAUGAAGUGAACAGGAAACUGGGGAAAUCUGAAUUUGACUGCUCUCGUGUGGAUGAGCGCUGGAGAGAUGGUUGGAAAGAUGGUAGUUGUGAUUAAUCCAUAGAGACUGCUUUGGAAAUCUAACAGACCAAUUCAAUCUGGUGUUGAGUCACUACAGGGAGAGGUGCGAGUCAAUAACUGUGUUUGUGUGCUUGUGUGUGUGACUGAUAAGGCUUGUGGAAAUAAAGGUAAACCAAUUCUAAAAGUAAAUUUGAAAAUCUUAUCCUAGUAAUAUUUUGAUAAAAGAUGACAUAAAUGUAUCACCUGAGGGAUUGAAGCCUUACAUUUGACACAGGAAUUGCCAGAAGCCUGUGAAAUUCAGUCACUGAUAAACUUGUGGAGACUUGUUCAUUAUGACAUUUCCUUAUUUUAGGGGCAUUUGCUUAUUUCUGUGACUAGAAAUCAUUUUCCCUGAACACAGUUGUAGAGGGCUGCCCUGUGGCAUUUUAUGUUCAUCGGCAGAUAUUAUCCUGAUGUUUUAGAAAAUGCAUCUGAUUAAUUGUAAUUUUCAUUUUUGUUUUUCUGAUAGAGAAAACUCAUGCUGUGUUUUGUGCCAAGUCUGUACCCCCAGAUCUUUCUUUCAGAGCUCUCCAGUGCUUCUCGUUAAACUUGCAUCCAGUUCCUUUGAUAAAAGGCCGGAAGGCAGGUACAUUUAAUUUAAAUACUAAAAUCAUGGAGCUUAGAUUUCUUGUUUUAUUUUUGUCUUUCAACUUAUAUAAGAGAACAUUGUAGAAAGGGAAACUAAAGCAGGACAAAAAAAAAAGACUCACCUGACAAAUGGAAUGAAGUGUGAACUGGGUGAAAUUCAAACAUUUUAAAUUAAUUGCUAAUUUUCUUUGGAUUCAGAAGUGAUAUGAUGGUAGGUUCUACCAAACUACUUAAUCUUAAAGCAGAUGACCUCUUCAUCUCUGCUGUGAACUUUUUCGUCUGUCGUGAAAAUAGCUUGAGACUGAUGUCUGUAAUGGAGCACACUCAGCUUUGUUUAGCAUACAGUAUUCCUGAGAUGUCACUUGUGUUUUGAAAUUCUUAAUUGGUACUCGCUGACCUGGUUGAUAUUCUGGUGUUAUCCCCUAGCUAAAAAUCUCUCUAGAACAAAAGAACUUUACAAGGCCCCUGCAGUACUUCAGUCCUGCUUAAGACUGCGAUGUCAGCUUUAGAUAGUAUUUAUUGCGGAGGGGACUCAAAAGAGUCCCUACAGUAGAUUCCCUCUGUAGAAACUGGUCAGAGUCCAUGCUAUGUGUAUUUUUCCUAGGUCAGCUAUACUGCAUCAGUGUUUUGAUACAUAAGUGAAUUUUGGAUUCAUUCAGCAUAAAUGAUUUACACCACAAUGCAUAUAAACAUGUCUGUCUAUAAAAAGAGACAGUUGAUGAAAAAAAGUCAAAAGAAUUUCACGUUCUUAAAGUAGAUAGUGAUAUCAUGCCCUUAUUGCAUUUCUGGCUGUGAAAAGUUUGCAGGAGUUUGCACAAACCAUGACAAUAGUAGGCUUUUUGCUUCUGUACUUCCUGCUGAGCUUUCUUGCUUGUUUCAGUGAGCUUCCUUAUUUCAUGCACUACAGUACAUUUGUAAAUACACUCUUGCUAAUUGUUACCUGGAAAUGUUAAUGGUACUUUUAUGAUAGUAUCAGAGUGAUGACAGCUCAUAUCCAAGAACUUUGAUCUUCAAACCUGUGUGCAUGGGGCUCAUUAGUGUUUAGAAAAGCAGUAAGAACUUUGGAAAUACAUUUUAAUGUUUUAUGGCAUAUUCAAGUUCUUUCAAGUUGGACCUGUUAAAACAGCAUGAGACAAAUUUUAUGGACUGGUUAUUCUUGAAGUUUUUUAUGUAGUAACAUUUCUAAACACAAACCCAACAAAACUAAUGAUAAGGCACUUUAUCAAGUAUGCAGGCUGACUUAGGACUUAAAGGUAUCAUUUGGGUUAUUAAAAGCACUCAGAAAAUUUCCCUAUUAGCAUGUUGAGGUUCUUAGAACAAAUAAAUUCCAGCCCUUGGUUUU